GAAGAGAUGCGAAGACACGUAUCUAAGUGCGCUGCCUCAGCACCUGCGCAAUCUACUGCUCCUUCCCUACUAACCAUGGCACCGCUGCAUUUCCUCAUCCUGCUCGCCAUCGUCUCCUCAUUUCCUUAUUCCACUGCAGCGCCGGAUUUAACGUUGACGAUUUCGGCAGGAAUCUUCAUUCCCGUUGGACCAUACUACUGCUCUACUACGGGCAACUACACCCUUAAGAGCCCGUACCAGGUGAACCUCCGCAAACUCAUGGACGACCUCCAGUCGGGUGCCAUCGCCAACCACGCCGGCUUCAAUUACACUGUUGCCGGUGAGGCGCCCGAUGCUGUGUUUGGUCUCACUAUGUGCUACGCCGACCGUAACUGGACCCAGUGCCAGAACUGCCUCCAAGCGGCGACCAGUGAAGUGGAGCUGAUUUGCCCAUUCAGCCGGGAGAUGAAGGCCCGCGAAGACGCGUGCGUGCUCCGGUACUCCAACGAGUCGUUCUUCUCCGUCGCCGAUCUGACAUCAGCGUUCCACGUCUCGGAUACUAGUAACUCCUCCGUCACCAACGUGGCCGGCGUGAACGCCACGCUGUUGAGUCUGAUGUCCCGGCUAGCGGCGGAGGCUGCCGUCUCCGAGCUACGGCUGGCGAAAGGGAGCCAGGUGUACAAGGGAUCGAAAGGCAUCUCGCAGGUGAUUUACGGGCUGGCACAGUGCACCAGGGACCUUAACGCCAGCGAGUGCAGCAGGUGCCUCACCUACUUCGUCGAGGAGCUGUUAAGAAGCAGCUCACUCUCGGUCGAGAUCAACGACGCCGUCAAGGGCUACAGCUGUAACGUGGCGUACAAGAUUGGGGAAGACUUCGAUAGCAGCAUUCGACCUGCUAUAGCAUCGGCGCCCAUGGCGCCGUCGACGAUUGCACAACCACCAGACUUGUUCCAUGAGAAAGAUCCAUCGCCUGGCACCAGACCGACGUUGGGGAUAGUAGCCGGCGUAACAGGUGGUUCUAUAGCUUUCGUCAUCUGCACCGGCACCUUGGUUUGCAUCUUGUUGCGUCACCGCAGCAUAAAGGCAAGAGAGCGAGAAGUAGAUGUGUUCGACGAUGAUCCUCUGGAAGAUAACACGUUCGACAAAGGAACAGGACCGAGACAAUUCCGAUACAGGGAGCUGGCCACCGCAGCCGGCUUCUUCUCCGAUGAGGAGAAGCUUGGAGAAGGCGGUUUCGGGUCGGUGUACAAAGGAUACUUAAAAGAUAUGGACCUUUGGGUUGCCAUAAAAAGAGUAUCCAAGAGCUCCCAGCAGGGGAGAAAGGAGUACAUUUCUGAGGUGAAGAUCAUAAGCCGUCUAAGGCAUCGCAAUCUGGUGCAGCUUAUAGGCUGGUGUCAUGGCGGCGGUGAGCUCUUGCUUGUCUAUGAGCUCAUGCCCAAUGGAAGUCUUAACUCUCAUAUUCAUAGCCAGAACAAUGUGUUAUCAUGGCAACUUAGGAGUGGCAUUGUGCUUGGAAUCGGAUCUGCACUUGUGUACCUGCACCAGGAUUGGGAGCAGUGCGUUUUGCAUCGUGACAUCAAACCGAGCAAUAUCUUGCUUGACGCUUCGUUCAACGCCAAGCUUGGCGAUUUCGGGCUCGCGAGGAUGGUCGACCACGAACGACAAUCUCACACAACUGCCCUUGCCGGCACUAUGGGGUACAUGGACCCAGAAUGCAUGCUAAGUGGUAGUGCCAGCACCACAUCCGAUGUCUACAGCUUUGGCGUCGUCCUCCUUGAGAUUUGUUGCGGCCGACGGCCGAUCAUUGUAGUACAAGACAGCGAAGAAUACGCCACCAUGCACCUGGUGCAGUGGGUAUGGGAAUGUUAUGGUCGCGGAAGGAUCAUCGACGCUGCCGAUGCACGGUUGAAUGGUGAAUUUGAUGGUGAUGAGAUGGAGCGUGUUAUGAUCACGGCUCUCUGGUGCGCGCAUCCCGACCGCACCCUGAGGCCAUUCAUCAGGCAAGCGAUUAGCGUGCUCCGGAUGGAGGCACCCCUGCCGAGCCUCCCCACCAACAUGCCGGUGGCGACAUUCAUGCCUCCGAUGCAUCACCUACAGCGUGAAUCUGGGGCCACGACGGGCAGCAGCAGUGGCAGUGCAGGCACCAAACAUUCAAGCAUCGCGACCAAGACGUCUUCCUUGCUGAGAUGACAAAUCCACCGAUAUUGAACAAAGCUAACUAAAUAUUCCGGGUAUUACUCUAGUACCUCCAGGAUUAUUAGCAGCAUGUAAGACCACUCCCAAUAGGAGUUUCAUUAUCAUUUAAUAUGGUGACACAUAAGCAAUUUGGAUGAUAUGGUUACACAUGGAAAGCAGAGAUCAAUAGAAGUAGUUUUAUCUACAUGAAACUCCACAUAUUCACUUAGUGGCGGACCCAGCAACUUCGAUGAGCCUGGGCGCCUCCACUCUAUGUCUCUACAUAUGGUGUUAUCUAACAACUAGACAUUGAAGAAGUUAAUGGAGUUAGUGGAUAGAGAGCCUAGGCUGGUGCCUAGAGUCGUCAGGCCCUGGGUCCGCCCCUAUAUUCACUAUUGUUUUCAUAUUAUUAGAAUGUGUCUUAUAAUUAAA